AAAUUUCAAACUAAUCCCACAUACACUGUUUCUGGGCAUGACCAGGCCAAAAUAAGCGGAAUAUAUCCCACAUGAGCAUGCAGAGUCCAAUCACCAGAUCAAGAUUUGACAUUUCUAUACUAUGUGAUGACAAACAAUCUUUGUUCACAAAUAGCUUAAUUUCCUUAUGCAUCUCAGCCUCCAUUAACUAUUCCAUCAGCUGCUAAAAACAGAAAGAUUUUUUCUUGCAUAUAUGAACAUGGUGAGACAGAUGCUAAAUAGAAAGAUUCCAAUGCCUUCAAACAAGAGGAAAAAAUGUGUAUUUUCUUGGCUCAGCUGGGAGCCAAUUGCCUCUAUGCCAAUGGGGUAUCCAAUGGAAAAACAGAUUCCAUUAUUUGUUUUUUCACAUUCUUUUUGCUUCUGUGCAUGUGUGUGUGUUUAAUUUGUGUUCUACUGAGCAGAUAAUCCAAGAAGUUCUCUACCGCUAACUUAGAGAAAAUCACUACGAUUAAUGCCCAACAAGCCUCUUGACCUAAUAAUUAAUUAGCAUUCAAACCAAAAAAAUCGCUGCAAUUUUCCUUUGCAAAUGCUUGGUUGCAUAUAGGCACAAAUAUCCACAUUUCUCUAUGAAAUAUUAAUCUAGUGGCAUGCCUCAUGGUUCAAUAACACAUUAGACCACGUUCAAACUUUUGAAAACAUCGUUCAUAAUUAAUUUUUAUAUUUAUAUUUUUUGAACAUUUGAGUUUUCCCAGUUCUGCAUGUAGUGUCGGGAAGUAAUAUUUAUUUUAAUGCAGGACAGGAAGCUAGGUGUCGGAACCCUAGGUUUGACUUGGGUUUCAAACACUCUAUAAAACCCACUUUAUGUUUCUGCUAGUCUCCUCUCUUUUUGCAGUUGAUGAAACACAGCCAAGAAAAGAAAUAAUCAUAAAAAAAUGGCUAUAAGAUUAGCACUUGGGCUUCUCUUCAUUGUGAAUGUCCUUAGAGAUUGUUCUUAUGCACAUGCUCAUCAGCAAGACUGGGAAAUGGAUAAAGAUAAGCUUGUUGUGCCUGAAGAUACUGUAUCUGCUAUGAAGGUAUUGUUUUCAUGCUAUACCGAAGCUUUCUUGAUUCUCUUAUGGCGUAAUUAAGUUUUGCUACUUUUUUUGUUGGGUACUGAUCAAUUGAGCAAAAUGCAGGAACUUGUUGCCAGCUGCACAAGGAAGCUUGGAGGAAGGAAAAUGGGAGCUCAUGAAGUCCUGAUGAGGAGAAAAUUUAAGAAAGAUACUUCAGGAGAACAGAAUCAUGCUUCAGUAGUCAAGUCUCUUCAAGGAUCACAAGCCCAGUAUUUGAAUUUGAAUGAGCUGCAGAAUGUGAACAAUUUGAAGCCAAAGACACAAAAGUCAGACAACUGGAACACCAAUCCCAAGCACUUUCAUCAAGAAUCCAAGAAAUUGCUGACCAAAGCCAGCUUGGAAAAUCUUUCACUACCUGACAAGCAACUCUCUCAUCAAACUCAAGCAAUAGCUCCAAAAGGUGAAACGCAGAGGCUUCUCGAGGCAACUAAAGAGAUAGUGAACCUGAUGACGAAAGAUUACAGGGGAAUGGAUAGGCCUCGCCGCAAGCCACCAAUCAACAAUCAUGUGCCUAUUCAUUGAGAUAUUAGGAGUGUAUCUUAAACCCUAGCUAGGUAUAUGGGUUUUUUGGCUCACAAUUUUGCUCGCCUAAUAGGAAGUGAAGUCCCUGAACCCACGUAGGAGAUACCACUAUUUUGACAAUAGCAAGCAUAGGAAAUUAAAAGGAAAUGUUUUUUUUUUCUUAGCCUGACAAUAUAUAUAUUUUUGUUUUUCCC